AAGAAAAGCAAUCGUUUCACGACCUUCACAGCGGAUAAAAUGAGUGCAGUAAAUAACUUUUCCUGGUGAAAUUAUCAACAAAUUUGAUACAAAAUAGGACAAUUUCAAUCAAAUAAUCGUGCCUAUAACAAUCCAGUAACAAAAAUGCAGCCACCCGAAGAAUCCAACAUGGCUGAUCAAAACAACAUGGUCGCAAAACGGUGCAAGCCGUCUGCUCGCACCGAUGCCAGUCAGAAACGGGAUUCCCCGAUUCACGGAGAUGAAGAUAUUGGUAACGAUGUGGAGAAUCCCAAUGCCGACAAGGAAUCCGAUCAUUUGACGGAGGAGGAAGAGAACAAACUGCUGGCCGAGGAAGACGACCUGGAUGUAAUCGAUUGUUACACGGAAGAUUUCGACAGCGACAUGGAGAACGAUUUUUGUAGAAGGGAAGCCAAGAAGGAGAAAGUGCAGAAGGAAACGGUCACUACAGUUACCGUUAGCGAGGAGAUUGAUCAGAAGAAUAAGAAGGAAAGCGAUAAGUCACCGAAAGCGAAGGAAAUCGACAGCGAGAAGAGAAAGUCGCCGACGAAGGAAACCAGGGAGAAGAAGAAAUCGCCGGCGAAAGAAGUUGAUGAGAGAAGCAAGUCGCCAACGAAGGAAGUUUGUGAGAAAAAGAAGUCGCCAGCAAAGAAAGUCUCCAGGGAGAAGGAAACAUCUCCGACGAAGCAAAAGAAAUCACCGGAGAAAGUUGUCCCGGAGCCUGAAGAAGAUGACGACCAGGAUGUUAUUCAAUUGUGUGACGAACUUUCCGACACAUUUCUUGAAGAUGUCGGAAGUAGUUCGGUAGGCCCAGAAGCCAAACCGGAAAUAUCACUUCGGGUGAAGGAUGAAUCCGAGAAGGAACGUAUGUUGAGCGAACCGCUGGUCAAACAGCUCGUUAUACCGGAAAUUUGCGUUUCCGACGAAGAGGACGAUAAAACAUCGAUGUGCAGCCAGGAAUCGCUGAGCUUGCAAAUCGACGCGUACGUCGAAAAGGCGACGGAAAUAAUCGACGAGGUGAAACGGACGAAAACUAAAACGGAAGGUCAGUCAAACGUUGCCGCCGGAGUGAUUAAAAAUGGAUCGUUGUUGAACAAUAGCAACACCAGCGAGGGUGGUCUCUACGGUUGCCACCAGGAGGAUCCGGACGUGUUGAAAUUGAAGCUUGACCUGUACCAAGAUAUGGGAGGUAUGGACUACGAGGCAGAGGACAAAACGGAAGAAGGAGAAAAACUGACAGUGGUCCGGGUUAAGGCAGAACCAUGUUCGCCAUUGAAUAUUCACUUAGGGGACGACAUUCCUACUAUCGAACUGACCUCAACGGACGAAGAAGUGGAGGUGGUGCCCAGUCGCAAAAAGUCCGAGGAACCUGCCAAGAAGAAUAAAAGGGGUAAAAAACGGAAGUCCAAGAAAAAAGAAGCUAUCGAGUGCAUAGAUCUCCGUGUGGUUUCAUCGGAAGAUUCCUUCCCAAUUGUGGCGGACUCAACGGUAUCAGUUGUUUCGUCCCGUACCCGAAACGAUUCUGAAGGAUCCGAAGGAUCGAAGGCAUUGCGUAAUCGCAUGAUUGCUGUCAGUCCGGAAAAAACUUGCGGUAGCGCUAGCAAGAAAGCAAAGUCUCUCCGGAAAUCGCUUGAUUCGAUGGAACCGCCCGCUAAAAGGAAGAAAAAGGUCGAUCCCGCUAUGAUGGGCUAUCGUAACAAGCGUCGCAAAUCAGUUGGCCGUUCGGUAUCGAAAUGCAGUGUGAUUUCAGGUUGCUCAUUGUUGUCCUCGAUAGCAGACGAAGAUAUGAUUGUGCUGUCCGCUAAUGAGGUUCUGCUAGCAGAUCCGGUCAUAAUCGGUGCAGAAGGAAUAGCGAAUAAUGAGAAAACGGAGCACGAUCCGAAAGAGGAGGAACCGUCUGAUAAAACCGAGGAAGAUAAAGCAGCUAACGAUUCGAAGGGUGAAUUGAUGCACUCGUUAGACUUGCAAGAAGCCAUUGCGAAGGAGUUGGUGCAGGAGGCAGCGUUGGAAGAGGAAAAGGAUCGUGGCGAAUCAGAUGAAACUAGUUUCCCAAUACCUACGACGGAUAUUGCGCUGGAGGACAUGCUCGAUUCCUUUAUCGAUAAAGAAGCGAACAACAAAAGUGCCGAUUUAGUUUUCCACUCUAUUUCUCCGGAGGAAAAGUUUUUGAUGGAUUCUCUGUUUGCGGAUUGCGAGAAACAAACACAGCAAGUCCCCAGUCAGGAACACCUGGAGUCGUUGAAAACUAUCAUGGAUGACGGCAAGCCUCUUGUUGAGCCUGCGAAUGUAGUGGAGCCAAUCGCUAUAAGCUACACCAUUUGCAACGGGGAUGCACAAUCGGAAACGGUUCACAUGCAACUCGAGAACGUUGCAUCUGCAUCCGCCGAAAUCUCCCAGGAUAUCGCUAAGGGACCAAAGGCUCCAAAUAUCAAAAUCAUUCAAAACUAUCAAAAAUAUCCCUUCCAAGCGAAACCCCCCAAGAAGUCCAAGGGCAACAGCGGUAAUAGCCAACCGCGUAAAGGUCGGGGACGCAAGAAACGGGAUGUCAAAGAUGACACCGAUGAAGAAUAUCUCCCAUCGAGCCGUAAACGCUAUUCAAAAUCCCGAAAACCCAGAAAUGCCAAACCUCCCUCGAUGGAAGAGGAACCCAAAGUGGAAGAACAUCACCAACCAGAAGAAGAACAACCUCCACACCAAGAACAACCGGUUCUGCAGUUCGAUAACGGAGAAGAAGAUGACGACGGAACGGCUACGACAUCCACGGUGUGUCGUAAUAUGCCCACCCUGGAGGAGGACUUGGCGUUGUCCACCAGCUCGGAUGAAGGCGAGACUUUUGACGCGACCAGCAAGGAAUGCAUUACGACAUCGCCGUCGAAAAUCAGCUCAACCAGCACGGAAGAAGGUGCAGCCAUUAGGCAACAGGAAGAUCGACAGAAGAGUAGCGGUGCAGGAGACACGCGACGGAAGAAGAAAGGAUCGUUCAAGGUGAAAAGAUCUGAUGGUGAUAAUCUAAAGCUCACUCUGUCCGUCCACAAACGAGGCCGUCCAAGACUAAAAGGUUCCGGUCGUUCCCACCCACCACAGUCAAGUUCGAAUGGUAAGGUAGUUGCUAAACGAGGUCGACCAAAGGGCAGUAAAAAUAGGAAAAUUUCCGAUUUCUAUCCUACGACUAUGGAUCACAAAGACGUCAAAGAGGUGGCUGCGAAAGUACAAGAACCACCGCAUAAGGAAUCCAUUGCACAACAAUCGCUAUCGCCAUUGCCAAAAGAGGACAAAGUCACCACGAAGCCAGCUCCGAAGCGAAAGCGUAAGCGCUUGACUAGCAGCAGCACUAGCGAAGAUGAAACUGCUUCUCUCGGCAAUACCUCGAGCGCGGAAACCGAACCAGAACUGCAGCUGAGUGCAUCUACCAUCGGAUCAGAGCCGGAACAAGCUUCGGUAGAAAAUGGUUUGGAAACAACCCAACCCUCUGCCGAAAAGAUGGACAAUCUUCAGAUUGUGAUUUCUCCGCUGACCGAGGAUAAAAUACGCGAAAUCAACACGCCACAGAAGUGCAAAUCGUUUGCCAAGGCCUGUCAAACGGAAAUUUCCGGCCUGACGUGGUCUAUCGAUCUAAAUCAGAUAGAUUUCCGAUCGGAAUAUUUCGAGAAGCUACGGAUCUUGUUGAAUAAUGGUGCACGUUCCGGCGGGGAUCGUUCGUUCAAUGGCGUGGACAUACCGAAUCGAUCUACUUUGCAGCGUUGCCUGAUACCAUCCCCACCGAGACAACAGCAGCCAGUUGCGGAUGGCAAUAACAACAGGAGUUCUGCCGAUGAGUUGCUGUUUCAACGCGCACUUGGUGAAGUUGAACUUGGUGCCAACAAUGCGGAGGAUCGAUCGGCUCGUCAAAGAUUGGAACGGGUAGUCAACAGCGUCCGGACCACCUUCCGUAUCCCGAAGGUAAAGAAACAGGCGUCAACAUCGCCACAGGAUGUAACGUCAUCGACGCCGCAUCUGGCUGAGCCAGUCUACAGAGAGGAUCUUGGCGUAGCUCCGCUUCCAUCAACGUCCCACCCUACGGAUCGAUCUCAGCAACCCGCUAGGGCGUCCAGCAGUUUCAGGCCACCUAAUGCUGCCAGUGUAGUACAACGAACCAUUACAAACGACUAUGUUGAUGACCAAAGCGAAAAUUCUGAAAAUGGCAGCAAUGUGCUUCCAAGAGACCGUCAAGAGUUUAGGCAAAACAUCAUGAUGCAGGACCGAUUCGAAGCACCGGGUAACCAGAAUAUGAAUUCUGGACGUGACAGUGCAGUGAACAUGAGCUACAUGCCUCCGACGAGCGCUGAGAACGGCCCACCGGGAAUUAGCCGGCCCAUUGCCAAUCCAGACCCCCGGCCGUCACCAAUGCCACCUACGAUGCCACUGGAAAGUCAGGCCGGUCUUCCAAGUCGCGCUGAGUUGCUAAAUGUCCGGCGAACGAUUCGCAACGACAUGCCACAGCAGCAACCACAGCCACAACUUGUUAUGCCGGAGAUUCCAACGCAACCUUUUGUUCAACCAUUCCUUCCAGAACCGCAAUACAAUCCUCCGCAACAGCAACAUCCCUUCGCAAUGUUAGGGGGCUUUCAACCGGCGUUGUUCCCCGCGGCCACCGCUUCCUUCAACAGAGGAGGACCCCUUCUCGGAUAUCCAAGAUUGGAUCCAUUAUCAAUGUUUAAUCAAGGUAUGACAAGCAUGCAGCAACAACAACAGUUUAGGAGUAAUCCUAGCAAUAUGAACGAUUUCUUGACCUUGCUAUGGGAACAGUUCAAGGAACAACAACAGCCUCGUCAGCAAGCGUUGAUUCAGCCUCCAGUGCAAGCUCCUGUUGCACCGAUUGCUCAGCCUCCUGUUGUGCCCAUUACGGCAAGUAGUUCCAAUCAGUUUCCAGUAUUAAGUCAGCUGUUGUCUCAAAUGAACCAAAUCUCAGCGCAGCCACCAUCGGCGGUUCCCCAAUUUGAACCACAAGGAACCAACGAUCAAAUGGAAAUCAUCGGCGGUAUCUUCGGGUGCAUUGACUUUCUGACCGAUCGAUGCAGCAAACCUCACUGCCGCUACCCACACGUUUUACCAAGUGAAGAAGAAAUCUUCCAGAAACUCGUAACUCGAAGCCGCGAUGUCAUUAUGAUGAGUUAUCGAUUUGUAUCCGGUAGGGAUGAUCUGUUCAUCAAAUACUUCCCGGUAUACGCCGGCGUGAUGGGCCGAAAUAACAUGCGCCAUCAGCUGGUCAACACGAUUGCCGAUUGUGAGCAUUCGAAGCGUCCCAUCCAGUAUUACAAGUACAUCGUGGAAGGUCUCAAAACCAGCGGGACCAGCGCGGUCCAGGCCGUCCAGUUAAUCCUUGAGAAACACACAAAGAAAAGCUUCAAUCAAAUCAACGUGCUGAUCGAGUUGAUCUUGGACACCGGUGAAGGCAUUCCGACGUUCCUUCGCAUGCUGGAGGAGUUUUUCCACGUGAAAGAUUUCUACUAUGAUAUCACUUCCGUCAAUCGUCUGCUCGAGUUUUGCGUGCUAUCGAGUGCACUUCCGACAAACGAACUGGCCACGUUCGUUUGCAAGUUGAUUUUGAAGGUUCCUGCUGGCGGGGAACAUCUCGUCAAUACCAGAGUUCUGUUGGAGUUUAUUCAGAAGGUCCGGGUAGAUCCAGCUCUGGCACUGGAUGUGGAAGAUAUCGUUAAGAAGUACGGUAAUGUUGUAAUGAGACCGUAGUGGUAAGAUGAAUAUGCUAAUUACGUUCAGACACGGUGGAGGUAACUGCUUUCUUGUUAUUUAGUUUUGUUAUGUAAUGCAGCAGUAACCGGGUACCUUUCUGUUGGGUACACUUUUGACAAGAAGUCUGUUUUUGUUUUCACUUUUGCAAAAUGACGAUUAUUUGUAAGACGGAAACAAACAUGUUGAUCAUCAUGUUAUGAUUUUUGAAAAAGAAAUAAAGUGCGUAGAUCGGUA